AUGAGUGAAUUAAUUAACUUUGAGGAAAACUUAUCAGAAGACCUUCUUGAUGAGAAUGCUUCGGCCUCAAGGGUCAAUAUGUCUCCUAAUAUUGAUAAGAACAUGUCUAACUCUGCAUUCCAUUUUCAUUUUGGAGCUGACAGAAUGAAGGAUAUGAAAUUCUGAGAAGAAAAAUCCUCUUCAAAAGAGCUACCAAGAGGAGGAAGUGCUAUCGAACCCAGCUCUCAAUCUCUUAUUAGUAACAAGCAAAGCCAUAGCAAUUCUGAUCAGAGAGUUGGCUUGAAACAAGAAAUAAAGGAUCUCUUACAUAAAGCCAUUAGGCUGAGAAGCCUCUCAGACAGCAGCUCUAAUGAUAAUAAAAAGAGAAGAAAGGAGAGGGAAUUUCCUGCUAUCAGUCCAAUUGAUCAAAUAGUUACGAUGAGAGACAUCCAAGGCCUUCAAGCCUUCUCAUCAUAAUAUCUUAAGACCUAAUUGUUCUUUAAUAAUCUUACCUUAAGCUUUCCUUUUGCAUGGGCCACCAACUUAGCUCACUACGUUCCUAAUUUCUUAAUGUCAUCAGUCCUUAAGCUUUACUACCAAAAAAUAUCAUAUGCAUGAAUUAUAUAAUUUUAACAAGGAAUCACUCUUUAUAUAAUUUCUAUAUCCAAGAUUUCAUAGGAUUUCUCUGCUGGUAUUUGAGACCUAAAGCUCCUAUUAAUGAUUGGAAAGUCUAAUUCUAGAUAGUUAUUACUUGAAGCGUACUCUGGUGUUCAGGUCAAGGCCUGAAGCUAUAUCAAAAACAAUUUUGAUGCCUUAGAGACUUACAUUUAGUGGCAAAAAUGUUUAAAUAAAUAGCCUUUGUAUAUAAAAUAUAAGAGGGAAUACGCCAGAUUCUUAUUUGUAUUAUUAUUGAGUAACCACAUAGUGUUCAGCAAAUAAUCGAUUACUUAUUUCAUCUAAAAGAAUAAUAUUGAAACAAUACCCACCCAACUUAGCAGAUUGGAGAAUACUCUAAGAGGAGAUAAAUCAAUGAUUUAUUCAAUGAGGAAUUUUAUAGUUCAAAGAAAAGCAUGAAUUUUAUUGAAAAAUUCUAGAAGUUUGAUAUUAUCUAUAAGUGAAGAUCUCUUCAUUUAUUGAAAUGUAAGAUAGAUUUCUUUUCUAUUGAUCUAAAUAUCGUGAAAUUCAGGAAUCAUUAAGCUUUAGAGGCUUCAAUUUUCUCUGCCUCGAUAUUUUGAUCUAUGAUAGUAUAAUAGUAAUAAUCCUAUACACACAUAGAGUAAUUUUGUUCUAUUAUUUUUUGAAUCAUAUUAUGGUAUAAAUGCUUCAGCAGAGCUCCUGAUUCAGCAUGCUAUUACUACAUCCCAAAGUUCAUCAAGUGCAUAUUAGAGUAGAAUUUUAUUGAAAAUCUCCCAGUGACGAGUUCGAACACUUUCGAACAGGAAAUUAACCAAAUUGGAAUUAUUAGUAUUGCUUGUCAUGGUCACUUUAUAAAUAUCUUCUCUUAAGGUUCAAAAUUUGGUAGAAACUUCUGGUCAGAAUCGAUAAAAAGUAGAGAUUUGAUUAUAUUCAUUAUAUGAGAUUUAUGAAUUUUGGGCAAUUGGAACCUGGAAUUCAUUUAAAAUUUUCUAUUUACAUUAAAUAAUCAAAGAUUUAGCUGCUUCAUAA